GAAUUUGGUGAAAUAAAGCGUAAAUAAAGUAAACCUAUAGGACACAUUGAUUGAAAUGUAUAAGCUGCUGAAGGAAUACGUUCCAUUUAAGAGAUUUAAUUUAAUCAUAGGAUAUUCGACUGAAGUUCUUGAGAUAUGUAUCGAUUGUAAAAAUCAGGUGUGAAAUUUGACAAUUUUACUCUGAAGAGGACGAGGAUCUUUGUAUAAAAAGAAGAAAAAAGUGUAAUAUAAUCACAGAAAUUCAUUUGUAAUCAGAAAAAAAAAAGAUAAAGGAAUUUGUGUAUAGAGAAAAUACAGACUACAAUGUAAUAAAUAAUGACACAAAAAAGACUGUAAUCUACGAUUUUCUCCUUUUUAUAGGACAAGUUUAUUCAUAUUUCACACUAUUGUGCCUAUAGACGGGUUUUUAAUAUUUUUUGUAGGUAUAAUACGAACUAUAUUUAACAGUGUAAGACAAGGAUAAGCUGAUUAAGGCUAUAGACAGUUAAGCAGUGCCCGAGACUGAAGUGUCGGAAAUUACAUUUACGCCUAGACUCAGUAAUGUUUUAAAGAAGUGUGAACGUGCAAUAGGUUUUUAUGCUGUUCCUGUUAAUUUGAUAAAUAAUUUACGACCUGUGAAAUUUCGUGGGAACGUGACGACCGUAAUGGUGCAAAAUUAUUUCUUUUGUCAAAAUGCAUGUUAUUAAAGAUAGUGGUGUGCUUUAUUGAAAACGUACCAACAAUUAAGGUGUUUUUUGUAUUUAUAAAUGUACUUCAAUAUCAUGAAGUAAAAAAUGAAACGAAAUAUACGAUAACUAUGUAAGAACACCAGAAUUUUUAAACUGUGAUUGCAAACUGUUUAUAAAGAAAUGGGAUAACAUUUCAAAACAGUGAAUAUUAAACAAUGUAAAAGUGGAAUUAUUUUUGGAUAUAUAUAUAUAGUAUAGUGAUAAAAAAACCACGUACAGACAAAUGUUGCGUGAGGAGGAGAUAGAAAUUGCCAUCAAAGUUGUCGUCGUUGGCAACGGUGCCGUCGGAAAAUCUAGCAUGAUUCAGAGAUACUGUAAGGGAAUUUUUACGAAGGAUUAUAAAAAGACAAUUGGUGUGGACUUUUUAGAAAGACAGCUUGAAGUAAAUGGUGAAGAUAUAAGAUUGAUGUUAUGGGACACUGCUGGUCAGGAAGAAUUUGAUGCUAUUACAAAAGCUUAUUAUAGAGGUGCUCAAGCUUGUGUACUUGCAUUUUCAACCGUAGACAGAGAUUCUUUUGAAGCAAUAGAGUCAUGGAAAAGAAAGGUAGAAGAUGAAGUAGGGGAGAUAAGUAUGGUUAUUGUACAGAACAAGAUUGAUCUCAUAGAUGAUGCUGUAGUUCAACCGGAGGAAGCGGAAGCACUUGCCAAAAAGUUACGACUGAGAUUUUACAGAACGUCAGUAAAAGAUAACCUCAAUGUUGAGGAAGUGUUCCGGUACCUGGCUGAGAAAUAUGUGCACCAGUUGAAUUGUGAGGAGGAAGAGGAACCAAUCAGCUAUCAUCAGAUAGGAUCAAAUUUCAUCAACGCGGAGGUAACUAAUCACACAGAUUCACUAGACAGAGAUCCGUACAGAAAUCAUAAUUAUUCAUCGCCCAAAAUUAAAGUGAAACAUGAAAAACAUAAAAACGGUAAAAACGGCAAGUUCAAAUUAACUCACAAUGACGAGGGUACAAUACACCUUCAGCCGAGCAAGAGACGGACACACGGGAAAAAAUCCCUCGUCAUGGGAAAGUGUUCAGUGUUGUAGCAUUUAUUUGUGAAAAAAUUCAUGGAAAAUCAUUGUGUUGUUGCUAUGGAAACUCGUACAUUGCUAAGGGUACAUAAACAUUAUAUGUUAAGUAUUCUGUGUGCUGGAAUGGAAUGUGACUCCAUCAACCUCCAAUAAAGGCUUCCUGUAUAAAACAACCUGUUCUUCUGUUUAAUCAUUUAAUUGAUGUAUUAAUUAUCAUUAAAGGUGUUAAUUUGUAAACUUUAAUUAAGAAACCAGUAAAAAGUAUCUUACAUUACAGCUUAUGUUUAGGAAAAUGAUUUAUUAGAAUGAAAACUAUAGAAGAAACUGGAAAUGAUUCAACAUUCUGUCAUAUAAGAAUACCAACAAAUUCUUGUUCACAAUCUUGACCUGUUAGUAUAUCUGUAGGUUAAAAACGUUUGCAAUGUGUAAAUUAUUUGCCAAAAUUAGUGUACAAGUUCAGCAUUUAGUACAUGUAUAUCAUAAUAAUGUUUACCUGUAUAAAGCUAAAUGAACCAAAUAUGAAUGAUCGCUUUUGUCAAUAAAAUAAUGCCAGGCCAGCAUCAAGAUUACAAUACAAGACUACAUGUAUACUUUACUAUUUCAAAUUAUCAUCUCGAUAUUCCCUCAUUUAAAACAGGCUUUACCAGUUAUGGAAUCUAGACAAAUGAAUUUUUGAAGUUCAACAAGUUAAAGAGUUAGAUUGAUAUGCUUUCAUGUUAAAUUUUCAGCUGCAAAAAAAGAAAUAAGCAGUGUUAUGAAUUAAAUGAAUUACCAUAACUAUUUACUUGUCUAUAACACAGACCAGCUAUAAGACGGAGGUUUAAAUUAUACAUAAGAUGACAUUGCAUUUUUUCUUUUAUGCUCAUAUUUUUGAUUUCUAUAGACAUUUUUGAUCAGCUUUAAGACCAGAUAAUAAGUAUACAUUUUUAAUUAAAGUAAAAAUUAUUGUAUUAUAAUUAAACAAAUGAUACCGUCUUCUCUUAUAAUGAAGACUAAUGGCCACAUUGGGAAGCAAUUUUUGUUAUUUGUCAAUUUUAUUUAAAGUCUUAAAUUAUGAUAAGAAUGUCAUUGGACAUAUUGAAUGUUAUUUUAUUGUGCUAGUAAGAAAGAAUAUCUGUGAUUUAAAUGUUCUAAUAUCCAUUAACACUGCAAUAUAACAUUAUCCACAGUCAGCAUGUAAAGUUAGCAACAUUUUUCCAUAUUUAUUUGCUGUUUUUGUCUUGUACCAUUAAGUUUGUAAUAAAUGCCCCUCCCCCAUUAAAAAAACCCUUCCCCCAUCCUCCCUGGAGAAUUUGAAAAAAAUACUUACAGUCCGAUAAAACAAUUUUGUUAUAUGUAUAUAUUUAAAAUAUAAAUACAAAAGAUGAUAUAAAAAUCUUUUAACUUUUUCACCUAAGAAUAAACUUCAGUGCUUAGAAUAUGUGUUAUAUUUGUGUUAACAAGAAAUAAAUAUAUUUAAGGUUCAAAAUAUUUUUUAAACAAGUUUUGAUUUUGUUCAGUAUUAGCUCUAAUUAGAAUGUUCCUCCAUUAAAAAAAACUGCCUACAGAUGGAGGGUGUUUAAUACAAACUUUAUGGUAAUGUGUGUUUGUAUGUGACUGUGUUUAACUUUCUUCCAAUUUUAAUACAUUGUACUAUAUUAAUAU